GUGGAGUAUAGCAAUGGAUCUUAGAACCAAGCCAUGGCUUUAUACUCUGAUACGAGGGCUUAAAUAUUAAUACACGUAUCUAAUGACGAAAAUAUUUUUGACAUUGUUUUACAGGAGAUCGAGGAUUUAAAUAUUACAGUAAAGAUGUUAAUCUAGGGGAAUUAAAUUCUUAUUUCCCAGUCUUUGGCAACAUGUGGCUAAGUAGAAAACGGACGCUAGUUUAGAUAUGUGGAUUUCUAGUUCUGGAUUUAUAUGGAAAUUUUUCAUUUUUGUGGGUGCAUUGUUUGAGUGCUUGUCAAAUGUCAAAGCAGGAUGUGGGGGUUACAUUGAGCUGACGGCUGGAGAGACACGGUCUAUAGCCUCAGGCAGUACGUACGGUGCCUAUACAAAUUGUAUAUGGGUCGUAAAAACACCUGAUAAAUACGUGGUCAAUAUAGUCCUCACUUUUAAGGGUGAAAAGUCUUCCACUGGGUCCUGCGAGGAUUACUUAUUUAUAACAGAUGGGUCUGCUUCUGCCACUGGAAUCUUAAAUACCUGUGAUGACCAAACAAACGUAAAUAAAAAUUCAUCAGCAAGAUGGAUGUACAUACAGUUCAAAGCUGAUGGUGCUGACACAACACAGGGUCUCACCGCCACCCUGACAACUGCAUAUACAGGUGCUGACUAUAGCAGUGUCACAGAUCCUGUACCAAAAUGUAAAUCUCACCAGUUUUCCUGCUCAAACAAACGAUGUAUAACAAGGUCGUACCGGUGUGAUGGUUUCAACGACUGUGGUUGUGAAGUGGACUGCGAUGAACAGAAUUGUGACGGCAUUUCAAUGGAAAAAGGUGCCUAUAUGGGUCUCGGUGUAGGUUUAGGUGUAGCUAUGUUUGUCGGUUGCUUUAUUGGUGUAUAUACUUACGAAAAACGCCGGAAGCUGAAAGCCAUGAGGGAGGAGGAAGAAUCCCAGAGGGCGGCUAGAGGUCGACGGGGGCGAGCCAAGGACAACAAGAAAGGUAAAGACGAGAAAGAUAAGGAUAAAAAGGUGGCCUGGCAUAGUUAGUCCGCCGACCGCCUCAGACACCGACGCCUCAGACAUACACCGCCUCAGACACCGACGCCUUAGACAUACACCGCCUCAGACAUUCACCGCCUCAGUCAUUUACCGCCUCAUUGCCAAGUUUCUCUUGUGCUUCGCCAGUCAGUUUCUCCAGAUCCCGGGGAUUCCAUUUUUUCCUGCAAUGUGACAGUCAAAAUAUUCGGAAGCUGACUUAUUUGAAUAUUUUUAUUAUCUUAAAAGUUGAUAAGUGCCACGACUAGCAGUAAGGAAAAAAUAAAGAUAAAUAAUUUGUCUUUUAACAAAACUCCUCUUCAAAGCUGGCGUUUUUUCUUGUUAUAAAAAAUAUGUGUUAAGAGAAUGUUUGUGUAUGUAUGUGUGUGUGUUUAAAUGAUUUUAGCGUUACUUUUUCAAUGUUUGUGAUGACGAGUUGUUUUCCUUGCUUGUUUGCAAUUUAUCAUAACAGUUUUAAGCUGAAUCAAAUUAAUCUGAAAAAUCAGAUUGUAUUUUGAUUUGUAUUUUUACCCCCCAAAAUUGAUAAGUUUGAAGAUUAAUCACUUUUUAUACCUCUCAUAAUUCCAUUUGUUGUUGCGUCAUCAAUUCACACUGGUACCGUUACCCAGAAUUCACUCUCCCAUCAUAUAUUAAAGGUUUGAUAUCUGCAAUGACAUAUUGUGUGUAUUUUCCAGCUUAUCAAUGCUGUUAAAUUAUUUUUUAUUAACCUAAAUGUUCAUUUUAGUAAUACUAUGAUAUACCAUAAUGUGGCAUUUUGAAUACUGAAAUGUUAUGUUUAAGAGAAAUAAACGAU